AACUUCGACGACCGGACUUUAUAACCUCGACCAAAUUGCCGAGCCAAAAACCCUAAUCUCCAAGAAAAGGAAGAAAUAAAUCACCAAGGAUGUCUUACGACGACGUGGAGAUUGAGGAUAUGGAGUGGAACGAUGAGCUCCAAUCUUAUACUUAUCCUUGUCCGUGCGGUGACUUGUUUCAAAUCACGAAGGAAGAACUGAAGAUUGGGGAAGAGAUCGCUCGAUGCCCUAGUUGUUCCCUUUAUAUCACCGUUAUUUAUAAUCUCGAAGAUUUCCUCGGAGAUUCCAAGAAACCCGUCGAGCCCUCGAAACAACAGCCAGUUGCUGUCGCUUGAGGUUCACGCUGAGUGCUUCUUUUUUUUCUUUCAUGAAUUUGGUAUCAUAUUGUAAUACCUAGUGAUUUGAAGUGGCAUUAACUGCCUGAAAUUUUGCAAUUUUGGAAAAGAAAGGAAUUUAUGGUUUUGUUUAAAGUGUGUCCUCUGAAUACUAUUGGAAUUGCGAUAAAUUAUUGUAUGAUAUAUUCCUAGCAAACAAUUAUGUUGAACUUUGACAUAUUAUUAUGGAGCUGUUUAUCUGGUAA